AUGCCAAACAAGCUUAUCACCCAGCCUCGGCUAGGGCUUUGGCAGCCACGCCUUCAUCUAAAGGAUUUGUAUUACGGCUCGGGUUGUGUCGGACAGCACCUUCUCGAUACUCUGCCCGGUCCUUCCUCCAAAGUUUUCAUUAUCACUAGCACUUCACUUGCGACGAAAACGCCUCUUGUGCGCCAAUUGGAAGACAAGCUUGGACAGUUUCAUGCCGGAACGAUUUCAGGCAUCGGACAACAUGGCCCUAUAGUUGACGUCGAACGAGCUAUUGAAAUGGUUCUGAGCAGAGAAGACGUCGAUACCAUCUUAUCGCUUGGUGGAGGCUCAGCCAUAGACACUGCCAAAGUCAUCUCGUUGCGGUCCAAACAGAAACGGGACUUAUUCCUUACUCAUCUGACCAUUCCCACCACUCUGAGCGCAGCGGAAUGCACUGCAGGCGGUGGUUACACCAAGGCAGAUGGUGUUAAGAUCGGAUUUCGAGCGCCCGAGAUGGGUGUGUCAGUCAUUUUUUACGACCCCCAGUAUGCGCGCUAUACGCCCAAAGAGCUGUGGUUGAGCACGGGCAUGCGUGCGAUGGACCAUGCCGUCGAAUGCAUGUAUCAUCCUACCUCGGCCGAAGUUCCCUGGAAGACACUAUCAAUAUGGGCUGUGGGCGAGCUCUCUGAAUGUCUUCCCAAAGCCCGAGACUCACAUCCAUACAACGAAACUAUCACCAUUCGACUAAUGCUUGCAGCUUAUGCGAGCUCAGGGCUCAAAGGAGAGAAUCUCAAAGGAGUGAAGUUGAAGGCUCACGAGUCGAUGGGGUCAGCGAAACAGAUUUGUCGCCUAUUGCCAGCGAUGGGAGGGCGUUUGACUGGUGACGACGUACGCGAUGCACUCGAGGUGGGAGACCGCAUCAUUGCUUUGGUCAAAUCUCUCGAUUUGAACGUUUCUACUUUAUCUGAUCGAGGUGUCGGCAAGGACCAGAGGUCUAUAAUUGCGCAGAGAGCACUCGGUGGGAUCAAAGAAGGGCCAAUGUACUAUUAA